GUGAAAGGCUGCUGCCUCUCAAAACUCCCCGGCACUGCAUCACCAGCAGCAGCAGAUCAUGGCGUCUUCCGCCAUCUCCUUCUCAUGCACCCGCGUCGCACCGGAUGCAGCGUCCUCCAGCAACGAAAACAACAACAACAGAAAGACGAUGACGAGCAUCGUCUCUCCGUGCACUCACUCCCACCAAUACCCGAUUUCCAGGAUGGUUUAUGUUCGCAAGAGGGGAAGAAGGGAAAGAAUCCAUGCCCAUUCCCGUAUCUUUGCUUCUAUUGCAGAUGUUUCCCUGGACAAUUCCAUAGAAGGAGCCCCUCUUCCCAAAGGUGACACGUGGUCUGUUCACAAAUUUGGCGGGACAUGUGUUGGCACUGCCAAAAGAAUCAGUAACGUUGCAGAUAUAAUUCUUAAUGAUGCAUCAGAAAGGAAGUUGGUUGUUGUUUCUGCAAUGUCUCAGGUGACGGACAUGAUGUAUAACCUCAUUCACAGGGCCCAGUCACGCGAUGAUUCUUAUACAUCUGCAUUGGAUGAUAUUUUUGAAAAGCACAAACUAACAGCAACAGAACUACUUGACGGAGAAGAUCUUGAUAGAUUCCUAUCUCAGAUGCAUGAUGACAUCAGUAACCUUAAGGCGAUGCUCCGUGCAAUUUACAUAGCUGGUCAUGCUACGGAAUCUUUUUCGGAUUUCGUUGUAGGUCAUGGAGAGUUAUGGGCUGCCCAAAUGUUGUCAUUAGUAAUAAAAAAGCGAGGAAUGAGUUGCAACUGGAUGGACACAAGGGAUGUCCUUGUUGUAAAUCCUACCAAUUCCAAUCAAGUGGAUCCUGAUUACUCAGAAUCUCAGAGGAGACUUGACAAAUGGCUCUCUCAUAAUCCAGCAGAAACGAUCAUUGCAACUGGUUUCAUUGCUAGCACACCUGAAAAUAUUCCCACGACCCUGAAGAGGGAUGGUAGUGACUUCUCUGCUGCUAUAAUGGGUGCUCUUGUUAGGGCUCGUCAGGUCACAAUCUGGACAGAUGUUGAUGGUGUGUACAGUGCAGACCCUAGAAAAGUUAGUGAGGCUGUGAUAUUGAAGACAUUGUCUUAUCAGGAGGCGUGGGAAAUGUCAUAUUUUGGUGCAAAUGUUUUGCAUCCACGCACCAUCAUUCCAGUCAUGAAGUAUAACAUUCCCAUUGUUAUAAGAAACAUUUUCAAUCUCUCUGCUACUGGAACAGUAAUCUGUCAGCCUUCAGUGAAUGAAAAUGGAGAUUGCCAGGGCUUGGAAUAUGUUGUCAAAGGGUUCGCAACCAUAGAUAAUUUGGCCCUUGUAAAUGUUGAGGGAACUGGAAUGGCCGGUGUUCCUGGUACCGCCAGUGCCAUUUUUGGUGUUGUUAAAGAUGUUGGAGCUAAUGUUAUCAUGAUAUCUCAGGCCAGUAGCGAGCACUCUGUAUGCUUUGCUGUACCUGAAAAGGAAGUAAAUGCUGUUGCUGCAGCUUUGCAAUCUAGAUUUCGCCAGGCUUUGGAUGCUGGACGUCUUUCUCAGGUUGAGGUUAUUUCAAACUGUAGCAUUUUGGCAGCGGUUGGGCAGAAAAUGGCAAGUACUCCUGGAGUCAGUGCUUCUCUUUUCAAUGCACUGGCAAAGGCUAAUAUAAAUGUGCGAGCUAUUGCUCAAGGUUGCUCCGAAUACAAUAUUACUGUGGUGUUGAAACGAGAAGAUUGCAUUAGGGCUUUAAAGGCUGUGCACUCAAGGUUUUAUCUAUCAAAAACCACAAUAGCAAUGGGCAUUAUUGGACCAGGACUUAUUGGUGGCACUCUACUUGAUCAACUCAGGGAUCAGGCGGCAGUUCUUAAGGAAGAAUUUAACAUUGAUUUGCGCGUUUUGGGAAUCAUUGGUUCAAGGACAAUGACAUUGAGCAACUUGGGAAUUGACUUAUUCAAGUGGAGAGAACCUAAGGAUGAGAUGGCGGAAGUGGCUGACUUAGAGAAAUUUGUUGAACAUGUGCAUGGAAACCAUUUCAUUCCAAAUACUGUAUUGGUUGACUGUACAGCAGAUACAAAUGUUGCAAACCAUUACUACAAUUGGCUGCGUAAAGGAAUUCACAUAAUUACUCCAAACAAAAAGGCGAAUUCUGGACCACUUGACCGGUAUUUGAAGCUGAGAGCACUUCAGCGACAGUCCUAUACUCACUAUUUCUAUGAAGCAACUGUUGGAGCCGGUCUUCCAAUCAUUAGUACCUUGCGUGGACUCCUUGAAACUGGUGACAAGAUUUUGCGUAUUGAGGGCAUUUUCAGUGGAACUUUGAGCUACAUUUUCAACAACUUCGUAGGAAAACGGGCUUUCAGUGAGGUGGUAGCAGAAGCUAAACAAGCUGGGUAUACUGAACCUGAUCCAAGAGAUGACCUAUCAGGAACAGAUGUCGCCAGAAAGGUCAUAAUCCUUGCUAGAGAAUCUGGCUUGAGGCUAGAGCUCUCUGAUAUCCCCGUCCAGAGUCUUGUGCCAGAGCCAUUAAGAGCGAGUGCAUCGGCAGAGGAGUUCAUGCAGGAACUUCCAAAAUUUGAUGAAGACAUAGCAAAGAAAAGACAGGAUGCAGAGGCUGCAGGCGAAGUGUUGAGAUUCGUGGGAGUGGUGGAUGCUGUCAAGGCAAAGGGGCAUGUGGAACUGAGAAGAUACAAGAAAGAGCACCCAUUUGCGCAGCUCUCUGGAUCUGAUAACAUCAUCGCUUUCACGACGAUCAGAUACAAGGAGCAGCCGCUGAUUGUCCGCGGGCCAGGUGCAGGGGCCCAAGUCACCGCAGGUGGAAUAUUCAGCGAUAUAUUGCGGCUGGCCUCUUAUCUAGGUGCUCCAUCAUAGUAAGCAUCUACUGCAAACAAGUGUUAAAUUUCUUUCUAGCACAAUUAAUCUAAGUGAAUAUUUAUAUCGACAUCUCAUGAAAUUCCAUGCAUCCGUAGUGUUUGAGCUAUUGUUGAGUCUUUAAUCUAUGCUCUUAGAGUUACAUGAUACUUUUAAGGAAUGUUGUUAGUCAUGUAUUUAUGUCACUUUGUUUUGAGAUUAGAAAGGUUCUUUGACGCAAUGGUGUGUUGCUUAGCUUCUGAAUAUCACAGAGGCUCCACAUGGGCCUGCUUGUAUUGAUCGUUUUGAAAUGGUGUUCUUGAAGAGUUUGGUGGGAAAAGGAAGAAAUGUAAUAUUCAAACCAGUUUUAGGAAUAAACAAUCUAGUUUGUAAAAUUUUA